AUGCAUGGUCCAUGUGGUCUUGCAAAUCCAAAAUCUCAGUGCAUGAACGAGGGAAUUUGCUCAAAAAAAUUCAAGACACAAACUGCUUUUGAUGAUAAUGGCUUUGUUUAUUACAGACGUCGUGAUCUUAAAGACAAUUUUGUUAUCAAAAAUGGCAUUCAGCUCAAUAACAGAUAUGUUGUUCCAUAUAAUAGGGAACUCUUAUUACGAUACAAUGCCCACAUAAAUAUUGAGAUCUGUUGUCAGUCAAUGUUAAUUAAGUAUCUUUUUAAGUACAUAAGCAAGGGCUCUAACAGAUGUAGAGUUGUUGUUGAAAAAGAUCGUGCUGAUGAGAUCCAUACGUAUAUGAAUUGUCGUUUUAUAUGCCCAUAUGAAUCGGUCGGGCGUCUUCUAGAAUUUCCAAUACAUUCAAGAUCACCUCCUGUUGAGCGACUUCAAAUCCAUUUGCCAUUGCAUCAAAAUGUUGUUUACUCGGGAAAUGAAAGUCUACCAUCAGUACUUCAAAAACCAGGUAUUGAAAAAACAAUGCUCACAGAAUGGUUUGCAAGUAAUAGAAUUGAUCAUGAAGCACGUCAACUUUACUACUCGCUACCAUCAGUACUUCAAAAACCAGGGGAUGAUAAAGAAUGGGAGGACGUCUUUUGUGAGGCCAUGGAUACUGCAACAUCUCCUCAAAUUAGGAAUCUCUUUGUUAAUGUUGUUCUUUUCUGUGAUGUUGCUGAUCCAGAAGUUUUGUUCAGUAAAUUCUGGCGCUCAAUGUAUGAUGAUAUUAUCACCCGUUUCAAGUCUAGCUUUGUCAUGCCUAAUCUUAAAUUAUUCGAUGAUGAGCUUAAAAACUAUGUUCUAUAUAAGCUUGAGCUUCUCUUCAAUGUUGCUGGCACAUCUCUUGAAAAACACAAGCUUCCAAUGCCUGAUGGGCGUUUAUUGUCAGAAAUAAAGAAUAAGCUUUGGUUCGACCCCGAUGGUUUGAUCGACCUUGCUGUUGCAUCAUCGGGCAUCGCAUCACUUUUGCUUCCUGGUGGGCGCACAGCUCAUUUAAGAUUUAAGAUCCCCCUUACUGUUUCUGAUACUUCAUCGUGCGAGAUUAAAAAAAAAACUGAUCUUGCACGCCUUCUAGAAAUGACCUCUCUAAUUGUAUGGGAUGAGGCUCCAAUGAAUAAUCGGUGUUGCUUUGAAGCAUUGGACCGCUCACUUCGUGAUGUCUUAACAAAUGGUAAUGACUUGCCUAAUGAUAAACCAUUCGGUGGGAAAUCAAUUUUGUUAGGAGGAGAUUUCAGACAGAUUUUACCUGUUAUUCUCGGAGGAACAAAGGAAGACAUUGUUCAUGCAUCUCUUUGCAGCUCUGUUUUGUGGUCUAAAUUUAAAGUUCUCACUCUUACAGAGAUUAGGAGGCUAUCAUCCAAUGGACUUUCAAAUGAUCAAAAGAAAGAGCUUGCUAUUUUUGCCAACUGGAUUCUUGCAAUUGGUGAUGGAACUCAACAUGAUGCUUUAUUCCCUGAUGAUUCUGAUGCAUCCAUGAUUAAAAUACCGCAAGAUCUUUUGCUUGAACCUGGAUCUAACCCCAUAUUAGCAAUUGUUUCAGCUGUAUAUCCCUCUAUUCGUGAUAUCAAUAUUGAUCCAUGCUAUUUUAGAGAGAGAGCAAUUGUAACUCCAAGAAAUGCUACAGUUUCUGAAAUCAAUGAUUUUAUCUUAAACAUGUUGCCAGGAAUGAAGCGGAUUUACCUAAGUACUGAUACUGUUUGCAAAACAUCGAGCGAUGGUGAUAAUGCAGAUAUUUGUAUCCCGUUGAAUUUAUCAAUCAACUUGAGUUCAAUGGAGUGCCAUCCCACACAAUUUCCUUGA